GGCUGCGUCACGUGACGGGUGCGCGGUUCCGUUUCCGCCGCGGCGCCCCCUGGCGGUGGUUCGGCGUUUCCCGCCUUGCGCGCUCGGGUCCAACGAUGGAGGAGGCGGCGGCAGCGGCGGGGGGCGCGGAUUCCGGCGGUGGCAGCGGCUGCGCGGGUGCCCCGGACGAGCCCGUGGUGUCCCUGGCCGAGGUGCUGGCGGAGAACGAGGAGCUGGAGAAGGAGGCGCGCGCGGUGCUGGGCGGGAGCGACCACGAGCGCUGCAGCUACUCGCAGGGUGCUGUAAAGAGACAAGCUUUAUAUGCUUGCAGUACUUGUACUCCGCCAGGAGAAGAACCGGCAGGGAUAUGCUUAGCCUGCAGUUAUGAGUGUCAUGGAACACACAAGCUGUUUGAAUUGUAUACAAAAAGAAACUUCUGCUGUGACUGUGGAAACAGCAAAUUCAAAAAUUUGCAAUGCAGAUUACUUCCAGAAAAAGUAAAGGUGAAUUCAGGCAAUAAGUAUAACGACAACUUCUAUGGAUUGUACUGUAUUUGUAAAAGGCCUUAUCCUGAUCCUGAAGAUGAGAUCCCGGAUGAAAUGAUCCAGUGCAUUGUUUGUGAAGACUGGUUCCAUGGAAGGCAUCUUGGUGUGGUUCCUCCUGACAGUGGUGACUUCCAUGAGAUGGUGUGCCAGACCUGUAUGAAUCGAUGCUCUUUCCUAUGGCCUUAUGCUGCACAGUUAGCAGUUCCUACACUGACCAAAAUGAACUCUCAUGAAGAUGAUGGGAUUGUGCUGAAUGUUAAAGAAACUGAGGAACAGACAAGGGAAAUCAAAAAAGAAAGUGGACUAGACCACACAGAAAAGUGUGUGGAAGAGCAAGUUGAGCAGUGUAAUGAACCAUCUACUAGCUCUGGGUCUGCAUGUCCAAAGGUGGUCACACAGAAUGAAGAACAAUUUUGCAAGCUGAGAGAAUUCCAAAGAAAGCCGUAUCUAAAGAAAGAUACUGCCACAUUCUGGCCUUCUAGCUGGCGAAGCAAGUUAUGCACAUGCAAAGACUGUUUGAAAAUGUAUUCAGAAUUGGAUGUCCAGUUCCUGACAGAUGAAUGUGACACAGUGUUGGCCUAUGAGAAUAAAGGCACAAGUGACCAGGAGACAGACAGAAGAGAUCCUUUAAUGGACACACUUAGUAGCAUGAACAGAGUCCAGCAAGUAGAACUCAUUUGCGAAUACAAUGACUUAAAGACAGAGUUGACUGAUUAUCUCAGGAGAUUUGCAGAUGAAGGAACGGUUGUUAAGAGAGAGGACAUUCAGCAAUUCUUUGAAGAAUUUCAGUCACGAAAGAGAAGGCGGACAAAUAGGAUGCAGUACUACUGCAGUUAAAUUGAAAAGGCUUUGACUUUCAAAAAGGACAAAUGGGAAAACCAUAUCCUUCAAUAAAUAGAAGCACCUUCACUAGUACUUGACCUCCCUCCUCAAAUCCUGCUUUCUAAGAAGUCGCCUCCAACUUUUUGCUUAUUCAGUCUGUUUCGUAAAAUACUUCUAACUACUUUUUAUAGCUUACAGAUGCAUCCUAACUUAACGACAAAUGCAAUGCAUAGUGACUUAGUUGUACAAAUUUCAGUGUCAACAGGUGAGCAGACUUUGAAAGGUGGUUUUAUUUCUGAGCAAAUGGAUUGGUCCAAAUUAAAACUUGUGCCAGGUUGUUCCUUUUCUUCUUUAAUCUGAUUUUAUUUUAUUUCCUCACCCUGUAUCUAAUACUAAAAUGGAGGCAGUCACUCUUUCCUUGGUGUUUGUACUAUGUUGGAAUUCAGUGCAUUUGCACAACUGGAUAAUGUUGCUUUACUGGUCUGAAUGCUUCUGUACUAACUCCUGGUUGGGGUGAUUUUUUUUGUGUGUGUCCCAUACAAAGACAGUGGGUUCUCAUCUGCUGUUCACAUGGAGGCAUAAUUCUCUAAACAAUAAGGCAUGUGCUUUAAUAACAACAUCCUGUUUAUUUUAGUCCUUUAGAGGGAAGUCAAAUCUUGACAGUAGGCCCAUAACACACAUCGCAUUGUACUUGUGUAGGCAGAAUCCUAGGGUGGCGUCUUGAGACUAAAAGAAGGUUGAGGUAUCACGGACUGAUUUGGAGGCGGAGCUUGUGGCAUUUUUUAUUCCUCUUCAGAAAAUGUUUGGCUCACAUUUGUUAAAUGUAGAAUGUUGCUGUACAGCAAAGUGACUCAUCUUAAUUCCCCUCUGCUAGAGUGUAAAUAGGAUGCCACUAAUUAAUACUUUUUCACAACAAAAAGAUUUAUAAUACAUUUUAGUUUUAAAACAGAUCUAUCUUAAGUAGAUAGUCUGGACAUUUACUAAAACAGUUAUAGCAGCCUAAUGUUUUAAAAUCUUCCAGCUGUAGUACACAUGAAGUUGUGAUCAUUCUGUUAGUAUUGUGACUGGUAAGGCCACACACACGUUAUUUGUAGCUCUAAGCACAAACACAGGCUCUUUUGUAGCAGUUUGAGUUUUUGUAGUGCUACAAUAUAGUUAUACUUUCAGAGAGGACUUUCUAGGCUUUGUAGUGCUGUGCAUAACACAGACUCCUGGCAUCCCACAGCCCUCCAAGAUAUGGGGAGUGAGCAGCUGACUUCCCACCAGCCUGCCCAGCUGCAAGCUGUCAGAGCCCUGUUGAGACCCUCCUGCUUCACAGCUGCACCAGCAGAUUUUCUAGCUCUCCAGCUUGGGGGAUUUGAAUGCCUGUAUGACCCUAUAGUGUCACACUACAAGUGUAGUGCUGAGACCCUUUGUAGUACUGCAGACAAACACCUGUCCAUACCCUAAGGCACCUAAGAUGCAAAAACUCUUAAAUUAAACGUACAGCUGAUACCCCUAAGACUCAAGUAUCAAUUUUCACAUGUCAACAAGCUUCUGAUUAACGUACAACCUUGAUCCCGCUUUAUAAAUAAGGUGUUCUAGAGAAAAGAUUGAGAAAUUGUGUUUUGGAUAAUGUUUAGCUCCACUUUAUGGAUUGUACUUGGAGGGCUUGUAUUUUCCGAGAGGGUACUAUUCUGCUCCUACAUUAACCAAACUGCUUGCCCCCACGCCCCAAGUCCUACUCUCCCCACUAAUUUUGUUUGACCAUCUUACUUUGCGGAAACUUGAUAGACAAUUGGUUUGUUCUUUGCGGAUAUGACUAGCUGCUUUUGAACCUACAUUUCUGGGUAUUGUAUGUGCUUUUUUGUAGCAAUUGUUCUUGGAGUUGUAACUGCAUAUUGGACUCCAAAAAAUUCUGUAAAAUUUAAAUAAAAUGACUGUUCAGACAGUG